AAAAUCAGUUUCCUACAUGCUAUGAAUCAGUAUGAUUCUAUCAAGAGUGUUUAUGGACUCUUGAUUCUAUGAAGCUCCAUUGACAUUGUGAAUGAAAUAGAUACCUUUGAAGCAUCAAUCAUGAGCUGGGCAAGAAAAGCAAUACGGGGUGUUCUAUUGGAUCUUUCAGGCGUUCUCUUCGACGGUGAUGUUGUAAUCGAAGGAUCCAUCGAUGCUGUUGCAAGGUUAUCUGCGGCUGGUGUACCGGUGCGCUUCUGUUCCAACGAGACCAGCAUCCCGCAUCAGGCGGUAGUUGACAAGCUGAACAAGCUAGGCUUCAGCGUCCGAGCGGAGCAGGUCUUCACGCCGGGGCCCUGCGUCAGGAAGGUGCUGAUCGAGCGUGGCCUGCGCCCUUUCCUUUUAGUCACCAAGGAGGCUGAAGCUGAGUACUCCAGUGUGCAGCAGACCGAGCCACUCAACUGUGUGGUGUUGUCCGACGCACAGGACGCCUUUCACUACCAGAACCUGAACAAAGCGCUCAAAGUCCUGAUCGAGUGUGACAAGCCCACACUGAUUGCACUCGGAAGGGGAAAAUACUACCGGGAGAAGGGAGAACUGAACUUGGAUGUUGGCGCGUUCGCGAAAGUUUUAGAAUAUGCAUCUGGUGUGAAGGCUGAGGUGAUCGGCAAGCCAGAACCAACAUACUUCAAUGCUGCAUUGGAUGACAUGAAGGUUGCUGCAGAAGACGCUUUGAUGAUCGGCGACGAUCUAGAGAACGACGUGGGUGGUGCACAGGCCGUGGGUAUUCGUGGAGUGCAGGUUCGCACUGGCAAAUUUAUGCCAAGGGACGAGCAGAACCCCAACGUCACGGCCGAUGGACGUGUAGCCAAUCUAGCAGAGGCAGUUGACGUCAUCCUUGCCCAGUGGACAAGCUGAGUGAGCACCCUUCCAGCCAAAUGUUACCAUUGUGUGAUGCCAGGUUAUCCAGCUUACCCAGCUUACCCAGCUUGCUUUCCAGAGUCUUGAAUAUUUUUGCUCCAUCUGGCAGAUCUGCACAGUGCUAGCCAAGCCUGAAAUUCUACGGAGCAGUGGCGAUGAUGUCUGGUGAUGGUAGGGAAGCUCCCGCACUGCAAGAACCUUGAUUGCUUGAAAACUGUACACGAUUGUGAGAGUACUUGAUAAAGAGCAAGUGCUUGCUGCAUCACGACAUGCCCUCUAUCGCAUUGAAUACGGUUCCCUGCAGUGGAAAGUGAUCGCGCUCAUGUCUGCACGUUAAGACCAAAGCUGGCUUUUGUGCUGCAGUGCAUUCUGUUUUUAAACAGAAUGCAGGAGAGGUUAAAACUCUCCUGGCAUGCCUGCACUCUAUGUACUUUUCUUGUGUUCAUUUGUGAUUCUGCAAGCCACUGCAGCAGGUCAAGGAUUGUAUUGCGCAAUCUUAUGCAACUUAAAUUAUUGUUAUAUGUAGUAGAAUAAAAUUCUUAUUUCUAUCUUUUUUGUUCAGCAGCCAUUGGCAGUACUGCCCGGCAUUGCAAUGUAUAGCGGCCGUGGACGACUCCUCA